GCCGAGCGCGAAGCGCGCCCUGGGCCCGCUCGGCGGUCUGGGUUCGAGGCUCGGCGCAUAAAAACGUCCGUACCCCCGUGGAUUACCGGCAGUCAUUGCGCCACGGUCACCCCAUCGUGAUAUGCGGGGCGCCAGGUUGCGCGUCGUCACCGCCGCCGCCGCCGUCGUCCACGUCGUCGUCGUCGUCGUCGUCGUCGCCACCGCCGCCGCCGCCGCCGCCACCGCUGCCGUCGUCGUCAACGCCGUCAACGCCGUCGUGGACAACGCCUGAACGUCGCGCUGCACGCAAGCUCGGAGCAACGCCGCGCGAAGAUGCCGGUGAAGGUCGACGUGGUGCCGCCGCCGCCCGCCAACUCAAAACAGCCGGGUGUCACCAAGUCCCUGUUGUACAACGGCUCGCGCUUCCAGGGCUCGCAGAAGUCCAAGGGCAACAGCUACGACGUGGAGGUGGUUUUGCAGCACGUGGACGAGGAAAACAGUUACCUCUGCGGAUACCUGAAGAUCAAGGGUCUCACGGAGGAGUUUCCGAUGCUGACGACGUUCUUCGACGGCGAAAUCAUCUCGAAAAAGUAUCCCUUUUUAACUCGCAAGUGGGACGCGGACGAGGAUGUUGACAAGAAACAUUGGAGUAAAUUCGCGUCGUUCUGCCAAUACGCCAAAACGUUCAAUUCCGACACGUUCGACUACGAGGCACUGAAGGGGACGGACUUUGUGUUUAUGAGGUGGAAGGAGCACUUCCUGGUACCCGAUCAUACGAUCAAGGACAUCAACGGUGCCUCCUUUGCAGGAUUUUACUAUAUUUGCUUCCAGAAAUCCGCCGCCACGAUAGAAGGCUUUUAUUAUCACCGUAGUUCUGAAUGGUAUCAAUCCUUGAAUCUGAGGCAUGUCCCAGAGCACAGUAUACAGAUAUACGAGUUCAGGUGAAGUCGAUACCUCCGCUGAAAAGCCUCACGAUAUUCGCGUCUUUUCUUUCCUGGCGUACAGAUCUCAUAAAGAUUCGUCUUAUAAAUUCUAUUAGAAGUGUCGCAGUGAGUCUGUUUCUUAUUCGUGACACGCCCCCCCCCCCGCAGUUUCUCAGGGGGGGAAAGAUUGACGGUGAAAAGUAUUCAGGAUUUUACGAUAUCCUGCUCUCAGUCGACUGUAUUGAGAAACGUUGAGAUCACGAGAAUUGGAGUGCCUAUUUAUUAAGUGGUCGACUACGGAUAAUAAUUAUUUCAACGUGAUUGAUUGUAAAACCAAACACUUUUGAUCGAAAUAAAUUAUCUGAUGCAUAUCAUUUUAAAUGAUUGGUGUUGCGUUAUUCAGUAAUCUGAUAAAGGCUUUUCGAGACUUUUGUUUGUGCUCGUUAUUAUUGUGCGUUUAAUACUUCUGGUUUUCAUUGCUGACUGAAACAUAUAGUCCAACAUGUUUGUACGGAAAAAUGAGACAAGGUCAACCGUUGAAUAACGUUUUUGCGAAGAUAUUUUAUGAGAAUAUAAUUUAUGAGCAAGAAUUCUUCCUUUCGUUGCUCAGGCUAUUUAUGAGAUCUGUUUGCCACCUUGGAAAAGAUCAGGUGUAAACUGUUUGAAUGAAGCUGUACGUAUGUCGCAAAAGGAGGAACAAACGGAAAUGGUAAUCGCGAAAGGGUUUUAUCGAGGUUUCGUCGGUAGCCUAUGUUGAAAACAUUUUAUUUAUUUAUUUUACGCGCGAACGAACUUUAUUCGACUCUAAUGUUUUAUACAUACAUAUAUGAAAUAUAUGUAUAGCUGAGUUUAAGAAUAGGCGUUAGACACAUGUUGGCUAUUCGUAAAACUUGUCUUCAUGUUUUUAACCGAAAUGUUAAUUAAAUAUAUCGAUUCUCUUAGAGAAAAUAGUACACUGUUGUGAUAAGCAUUACCAUAAUGUAUACAUAAAUAUAUAUAUACACAUAUAUAUAUACGAAUGUAUAUAAGUUAAACGAGCUGUAAUAGGUAAUCGCGUAGCUUACCCGAGAUUUACACUGGCAUAGUACAGCAUUCAUUUGCGCGUGUGACGUUUGUGAAACCCGUUCUCGAUCACCAGUGAUAUUGAUAUUUCAAAUGGCAUCCCCCCACAUGCCACAUUAUUUUCGAUAUUAAUUUUAUUUAGCGUUGUUAAAUACUAAUAAUUUUUGUUUUCUCUUUUUAUAUUUGUGCUAAUAAUAAUCUACCUGAAUACUCAAACCGUUAGGACAGUACGCGGUACUGUAUACAAUAAAAGCGCAUGUCGAGUCGAUGAGUUUGUAACGAACGGUCAAACUUUGGACAUUGGAAAACGUAGCUACGUAUAAGAGAUACAUAUUUAAUAUAAUAUAUCAGAUACCUUAAGAGUACACUGAUAUUGUUAAUUAUAUUAAGUCGACCUCUAUUAUAAAAAAAAAGAAC